AUGAGUGUGACUUCCUGGUUCCUGGUCAGCAGUUCGGGGACUCGACACCGUCUCCCCAGAGAGAUGAUCUUCGUGGGACGAGAGGACUGCGAGCUCAUGCUGCAGUCUCGCAGUGUAGACAAACAACAUGCUGUCAUCAACUACAACAACGCAACUGAUGAACACCUGGUGAAAGACCUGGGCAGCCUGAACGGGACGUUUGUAAACGACCUGCGGAUUCCCGAUCAGACCUACAUCACCCUGAAACUGUCCGACAUCAUUCGCUUCGGAUACGAUUCUCAUGUUUACGUUCUGGAGAAAAGUCAACACAAAGUUCCAGAAGAAGCUUUAAAGCAUGAGAAGUACAGCAGCCAGCUGCAGAUGAGCCUGAAGCCUUCAGAGAAGAGCGAGCUGGAAGAACGGCGGCCGGCUGUGAAGAGCACUCAAGAGGCUCCGGUCAGCCGGCCCACGCCGCUGUACGGCCAGCCGUCCUGGUGGGGAGAGGAGGAUUAUGGGAGUAAACUCCAUGACGGCGAAGAGCUGCAUCACGACGUCCAGAAAGACGCCGCGGAUCCUGACGGGUCCCGGUCUGUCUCCGACUCACAACCGAAGACGGUCUUUCCGUCGUACCACCGCGAGCCGAGCUACUUCGAGAUCCCCACCAAGGACCUGUACCCCCACAAGGCCUUCAUGGAGCCACAGUUUCACGACGUCCCCACCAAGGACACGGACGCCGUGCCGGCCACGCCCCCCACCCCCACCCCCACCCCGCCCGUCGUCCAGAGCCACGCCUCCUUCACCAUCGAGUUCGACGACUGCAUGCCCGGCAAGAUCAAGAUCAAGGACCACGUCACCAAGUUCUCCACCCGCCAGAGGAAGGCUCCACCCGCCAAGGCCGCCGUCUCGACCACGCCCACAGAGCUGAUGUCUGCCGACAGCAAGGUGGCCGAUUGGCUGGUGCAGAGUGACGUCAGCAUGAUGAAGCGGCGUCCGCCGUGCGACGACGUCUACAGCACCAAGAGCGACCUCGCCGUGAGCGCCAAGACCCUGAAAGGUCACCAGCACGAGGACGACCAGAGCGACUCCGAGGACCCGCUUCUGCAGGGCCGGAGGACGUCCCAGCAGUCCGUCCAGCAGGCCCUGCCAGGGGACCGCCAAGACCUGGGCCCGCGGGGAACCCCUGACCACCUGGGCCAGCCGGCCUCGCAGGGGGCCCCGGAGCACCUGGCCCAGCAGGCCCCGCCGGGGGGCCCGGAGCACCAGGCCCCGCCGGGGGCCCCGACCACCUGGCCCCCGCGGGCCCCGCCGGACCACCUGCCCCAGCAGGCCUUCGUCAUCGAGUUCUUCGACGAGAACCCGCGCAAGAAGCGCUCGCAGUCCUUCACGCACACCUCCGCCCACGCCGACUCGUACUCCGCCCUCAAGGCCAAGCUGGAGCGGCGCAAAGGCGGCGAGCGCCCGGCGUCCGUGCACGGCCACGUGGUCUCCGCCCAGCAGGGGGCCGUCCCCCCGAGGGGCCCCGGCGGCCCCCAGAGGUCCAGCUCUCUGAAGCGGGACAAGGCGGAGGCGGAGUCCUCGUGCCGCUCGCCGCCCGCCGCGCUCGUCAGACCCUUCGGCAGCGUGGGGAGGCGGUCCCAGCUGGCCCAGGAGUUCCUGAAGGACUCCUAUCAGGACCCGUCCCCCACCAGAGACAGGAUGUCCCCCCCGCCCAUGUCUGCGCCGCCGGUGAUGGAGUCCCCUCCACCUGCAGAGGACGGCCAGGACGAGGAGGACGACAGUCAGAGCGACGCCGGGACGUACACCAUCGACACCGAGGGGCUGGACCGCGAGGUGGAGGAGGCCCGGGGCAUGAUCGACCAGGUCUUCGGGGUUCUGGACUCUCCAGAAUACGGGGACAGCAGUCCGGCCGUGUCCAGGCCUGUGAUUGGUGAAGGUGAGGAUGAGGCUCCGCCCCCGACUGCUGAUGUGGACCGUCUGCAGGACUUUCCGGUGGGAACCCUCUGCUGCCCCCCGUGUCCCCCGUGUCCCCCGGUCUCCAUUCAGGUCUUGAGUGGAUCCGGUCCCGAUGGACCCAAGUGGGUCUCCAGAUGGGCGAGUCUGGCAGACGGCUGUGAUCCGGGACCCGGUCCUCCUCAGGCCCAGCAUCUAGAAGACCUGGACCUCCUGAGCCGCUCCGUCUGCAGCUUCAGUUUCCAGAACCCGGACUCGGACUCGGUUCCGGGUUCCCGGACCAGGAGGCUCCUUCCUCAGGUCCCUCCAGAGAAGCUGGACCCGGUUGUCCCAGGAGUCCAGUACCAGCUCCAGGACCCCGUGGGGACAGUCCUCGGCCCCACGCAGUCCCCCCAGCGCCUGUCGGUCCAGGACGACGUGGACCCGGACAGCCUGAGCGACGCCAGCCGCUCGGACGAGACCCCGGUCCUGGAGAGGACCCGGCGGUCCCCGGGGACCGCUCUGGAGAAAGUGUGCCCAGCCCCCAAGUCCACGUCCUUCUACAUCGGAUCUGAAGAACUUCCGGGUGAGUCCGAGAGGACAGCGGACCCUCCAGCCAGGACCCCGCCCACCACCGUGCUGAUCCGGCACCUGAGCGGUCCGGACCGCCAGAGGACAGGAGUCAAGCCCAACAGCUCCGCCCCCAACCUCCAGAUCCAGGACAAGGAGUCCAGCAGGGACGGCGGUGUGUCCUUCGUCCGGCAGGAGAGCUUCACCAGGGACCGUCCCAGCGCCGGCGUCCACCUGAAGAGACUGCCCCACAUCAGCAGCCACCCGUCCAUCCGGGACCUGGAGCUGGGCCGGGACCUGGAGCUGGGCCGGGAACCGCGCGCCGAGCCCGCCGGCAGGGGACGCCGUCCCUCUCUGGAUGUCAAGCCGCCACCGUCCGCCUCGGCGCGCGGCCCGUCCGGCCGCGGGGACGAGUCCCUGUCCGGGGACUCGGACGUGGACACGGCCAGCACCGUCAGCCAGGUGAGCAGCAAGAACGCCGCCGCCGGCUCCGCCCCCAGGAAGUGUCCCCCCGGCGGCCCGCAGAGGGACCGGCCGUCCUCCAACCCGGAGCGGGGCCGGCAGGUCAGCGCCCGGGAGCGUCUCUCAGAGAAGCGGCGGAGCCACACGGCGGCGGACGCGUCCGCCAGGCGCCUCCAGACGCACCGCAGCGCCGGGAACCGCGGCGCCGCGGACCUCGGCGAGGGUCAGCAGGGUCCCGGUCCUCACAAGACCACCUCCUCCGAUCAAGAAACGUCUCGUCCGUCCAGCCGCGGCAAGAAGGUCCCGGGCCCCGUCCAGAGAGAAGACGGCGGAAAGACGUCCAGGACGGCGGCGCCGCAGGUCCUGACCCGGUCCAACAGCCUGUCGGCGCCGCGGCCCACCCGCGCCUCCAUGCUGCGCCGCGCCCCUGGCGAGGCGUCGGACAACGAGGGGGCGGAGACGGACCGCGGCUCCCAGAACUCCGACCACGCCGCCGGCAGGAAGCUGUCCCGCCUGGACAUCUGGCCAUGCCCCGGAAGAGGGACCGGGUCCUUCACCGCUCCCAGCGGACCACCGAGGUGUCCGGGCGCGGCGCCCGCGGGCGCCGAGUCCGGCGGCGCCACCAGGAAGACGUCGGUGGGCGACGCCCGGCAGGCGCUGGGCCGAGGGGGCGGAGCUCCGGGGAAGCAGCAGCUCACCCGGACCCGGUCCGGUGGAGCCAAGUAUCUGAGCAGUGGGUCUCGCCACAGACAGAAAGGGUCCGACUUGUCUUCGUCCUCCGAGGAGGACUACCACACCGCUUCAAGCACGUCCAAAGCCAAGCGCCCGUCCCACCCCCCCGUCCCCGGACAGACGCCCCGCCCCCACCGCCCCGCCACCAGGACCAAGUCCGUCUCCGUGGAGACGGAGGAGGAUGAGGACCAGACCGACGCAGACCUGUACCAGAACUGGUCUACACACAGCGCCGAGAUCGCCAAGCUGAGUCAGGACCUCGCCAAGGACCUGGCCAUCCUGGCCCGGGAGAUCCACGACGUGGCGGGGGACGGGGACGGGGACUCUCCCGGGUCCGGGGUGGGGGCCGGCUCUCCCGGCUCGCUGCCCAACACUCCCGGCUCCACCAUCUCUGCCAGGGAGGAGCUGGUCCAGCGGGUCCCUGAGGCCAGCCUGAACUUCCAGAAGGUUCCACCUGCUGCUGUCUCCCACCUGGACCAGAACAUGAACCAGCCACAGGUUCUAGAUAACAAGAUGUUGAAUCCGGUGUCUCAGCUGUCUCACACCAUCAGAGAGAACACCGAGCAGCUGGCCGAGAACAUCAAGGUUCUGUUCCAGAGCCGGUCUGAUCUUUGGGACGAGGUUGAAGCGAGGAUGAGUGUUGAGAAGGAAGCCCCGCCCACAAAGACCUCGAACCAGGAGAUCGCCUCCAUCCUGCAGGAGCUGCGCCGAGUCCAGAGACAGCUGGAAGUCAUAAACAGCUUUGUGGAGCCCGGAGGGAGCCUGCAGAUCGUACCUGGACCCAGGGCUGGACCCGGACCCGGACCUGGCCCCUCACCUGGAGGACACGCUCAGGGUCCCCAGAGCCACAAGAAACCAUCCACCAAAUCCCGCGGGGCCCCCAACAGCAGUGACGCCUCCAAACGCCAGGCCCGCGGACCCAAUGGGGGACACUUGCUGGGCUAAGUGGACCGACCCGGAGCCAGACAGGAAGUAGCAGAUCCGCUACUUCCUGUUUCCACAACAGUUCUGUUCAUCUGUCUGCAGCUGCUGUCUGUCUGAGGUCCACUGGUCCAGGGUCCGCUGGUCCAGGGUCCACUGGUCCAGGGUCCACUGGUCCAGCAGUCCCCCCAGAACCCAGACAGACUGUACUUGGUGUUUUUUCUGUUGCUGUUUGUUAAAUUCUGACGCUGCUUCAGGCUGAAUGUUGUAGAAAGACCUGAUCCCGACCGCUGCUGCCCAGUCCACCCAGGAACCCAGUCCACCCAGGAACCCAGUCCACCCAGGAACCCAGUCCACCCAGGAACCCAGUCCACCCAGGAACCCAGUCUUCCUUGGGACUGAAUCGUUUCAGGGACCCAGUCCUCCUAGGAACAGAGUCCUCCCGGGGGCUGAGUCCUCCUGCUGGCCGAGUCUUGCUGGGAACUGAGUCCUGCUGGGAGCAGAGUCGUCACAUGACCUGUCAGGACCAAUCAGCUGAGGCUCAGUGGGGUCUCCAUGGAGACAUGAAUGUCUGCCGGUCUGGACUGUCCUGGCUGCCUCUAAGCUCCACCCUCUCUGCUGCUGGACCAAGUCCUGUACCAGUUUAGGUCCACUUAGCUUAGCAUAAAGACGGAAAGCACAGAGAGCUGUUAGCGUAGCUUAGCAUAAAAAUGGAAACACAACACCUGGGUUUGACUCGUUAAAAAACAGAAGCAUGAAAAGCUGUUCGCACACGCUAGCACAAGCUUUUACCGUAACAUAAGAGCUAGCAGCAUGGGGAGCUAUUAGCAUACCAAGCAGAAAUGCUAAGGAGAGCCUGAUGUUAGCAUUGGACUACAUGAGAACUGCUCGCACAAUUUUAUAGACUAGAAGCACAACAGAACUCCUGGCUCAGCACAAUCCCUUCAUGUAGCUUAGCAUCGCGUCCGGGAGCGUUUCAUAUGUGAAGACACGAGCUAGCACAGACGUUUUGCGUAGCUUGUGAUACUAGAAUAUGUUGCUCAUAGACUUUGUGCCAAACUAAGGUAACGCAUCGACUGUGCACGCAGUUUUAAUGCAAAGCUGAGCUAAGCUAACAGCAGCCUUAGGCUAACAUGUCCCUGUGCUCCCAGCCUUUAUGCUAAGCUAAGCUAAGCUAAGCCCACCCUUAGGUAUCGCAUCCUUUUGCUCCCAGUGUUUGUAUAAAGCUAAUAAGUGUGUGUGUGUGUGUGUGUGUGUGUGUGUGUGUGUGUGUGUGUGUGUGUGUGUGUGUGUGUGUGUGUGUGUGUGUGUGUGUGUGUGUGUGUGUGUGUGUGUGUGUGUGUGUGUGUGAGUGUCCUGGUGGCAGCGUGGGGGACGGACGGCGUCUUUUUGGUAGUGUAUACGUAUCUGUAGCUGGAGGCUAGCUGAUGGUUCAAGGCUAACAGAGUGAGGCUAGCUGAUGGUUUGAGGCUAGCUGGAGGCUAGCUGAUGGUUUAAGGCUAGCUGGAGGCUAGCUGAUGGUUUGAGGCUAGCUGGUGGCCAGCUGAUGGGUUGAGGCUAACUGGAGGCUAGCUGGAGGCUAGCUGAUGGGUUGAGGCUAACUGACAGCUCAAAGCUACUUCACCAAAUGUGCACUUUUUGAUUUGUUUUGUUUCUGGAAUGUAAGGACGCGUCACCUGAUUGGCUGCUGCCGUGUGGCUGCAGCUGAUUGGUCCUCUGGACUUCCUGGUUUACUGUGCAUGGCCUUCAGACGACUGACAGAUUUC